ACGUGCUUCGUCUCCAUUGUCCCUCGCUGUCAUGACAGAUGUAGUAGAGGACAAACGAGUUUUGCGUAAUUUACCCGGUUAAAAUAAAGCGACCGGACGUGCUGAUCAUGGCGAUAUGUGUUUGAUUUUGCUGGGCACCGUCACUGCUUCUCCUGCGUCGUCCAGCGGGGUCUCGUAAAAGGCCGAUAAACAUUCACUGUCCGACAUGUUUAGCAAGAGUAAAAACGUCAGGUAUUUCCUGAACCUCGUACCUGGUAAACGUCGUUUCGGGACGUACCGGUUCCUUCCCAUCUUCUUUUGUAUUGGAGGGGUGAUGGAGUGGAUCAUGAUCAACGCCAGGAUAGGAAAAGAGACUUUCUAUGAUGUCUACAGAAGAAAACAAUCCGAACGGGCGUACCAGCAGAAGAUUACAGAGGGCUUGGUAGAACUGAAGGAACCAGCAGCAAAGUGACUAAUGGUGGAACAUAACGACGUUUUCAGGACACACCUUUGCAUCCUUUU